UUGCUGUGUGUGUAGCUUGGUGCAGUGUGGACAAAUUAUCUGAGAAAUAAACCUAAACUGUAGGCCUAGGCUAAUAAAGAAAUGGGCACAAGCACAACUUGUGUGACGCAGAGUUGGAAAUAAUUAAAUUACCCAUGGAAAAGCACAAGACAUUGUCAAACGUACAAGGCCUAGUGACUUGCACUUCAUGUAAUAGCUAGGCCUACUUCAAAUCAAAUAAGAUUUUUCUUGCAAUUCCUCCAAACAAACUAAUCUUCUUGUGAGCAAAACAAGACACCGCCAGAAAAGCCGCCCGGGCUGUUGGGUAAAGUAAGUAGCCAGGGCAGGUCGGCGUGUAAUUCAAGCAGAGUUGGAAGCUUCAGAUGUUGUUGGGUUUGCAGCAGCGCUUCCGAUUUCGGGAUUUCCGAGCGGCUUUGAACAGACACUCACUCACUCGCGCAGUGCAGUAUGAACCGUCAUUCCAAAGGAUGUGGAUGGAUGUCUUGACACAGCGCGUUGGAAACAGCUCUGCACUUUCUGACCUAGCUCUACAUAGCAACUCAUGAAGGAUAUUCACCCCCCAACUUUAACUACUCGGAGAGCAACCGCAACAUUCAACCAACCAAAUAGAAUUGUCUAAGCUCUGGGAUAUCAGCAAGAUCUUUGGCUCGGAUAUGGCAGAGGAAAGCACGCAGUUCUGCGGGAACUGCAAGCAUGACAUACCAGAAGCUAACUUCACCACUCAUGAGAUCCACUGUCGCAGAAACAUAUCCCUGUGUGAUGUAUGCCAGGAGCCUGUGCCGCGGGCAGACCUGCAGCAACACAGAGACCAGGAGCAUGCACAGGUGCAGUGCAAGUGUGGACUGAAGGUGGAGAAGCGGCUGAUGGAGUCUCAUCAGGCGUCCGAGUGCCCCCAGCGCAUGGUGCCCUGCCAGUACUGCAACCUGGAGCUGGCCUUUGCCCAGGCCGGGGACCACGAGGACUACUGCGGCACACGCACCGAGCCCUGCCCCGUCUGCAAGUGCAACGUCAUGCUGCGGGAGCGGGACAUCCACCCGGCCCUGUGCGGCAGCCUCACUCCUCCCCAGGAGCGCAGCAGCAGCACCUCAGUCUGGGUGGAGCCCCCGGAGGUCCCGGGCGCCUGGUUCGAGACCCACUCCAUCCACAACCUGCUGAGGGCUCAAGAGCGACUCCAUAAUAACAACAACAGCAGUGUCGGCACCGGUGGCAGCGGAGUUGGAGGGAUGGACUGCAGGGCACCGCCCAGGCCCAUAGAGGGCAGGCUGCACAACAGCACCCGGGGCACUGUGGGCGUGGGGAUGGGGAUGGGGAUGAGGGGCAGGAGGAACACGGCACCCAGAAAUAACGACUUCAGCCGACUGCUGGAGCAGGAAGCUGAGUUUGGGAACAACAACAACAGUCUGCUGUGGCCCCCGGGUCAGCUGCCGGGUGACGAUUCCACCAGCCUGGACUACCUGCUGGCCCUGAGCUUGGAGGACAUGGAUGGCCAGGAGGGGGUCUGGACCGACGUCUGGGACCACCAGUUCGGACGCACGACCCCUUCCUCACACGGCCACAGUAACCUCACGGCCACUCAGACCAGCAAUAACAACUUCUGCAACAUCACCUCGCCCCCUACUCCCAGACCAGCAGUAGACCAGAGUCACUCAGAGAUUAUGCUUCCCUGCGAGUUUUGUGAAGAGUUGUUUCCAGAAGAGGACCUGAUUCUACACCAGACUGGCUGCAGCCCUGCGUCUGCCAUUGCCUCGUUCAGCAAGCAGCCGUCGUCUCUGCCUUGCGACAGAAGUGCGUGCCAGGGUGUGGGAAGCCUGCUGAAUCUGCCCGAGAGCCCUCCGAGCCCCCCCACCCUGCCGCACUCCGUCUCGCCGCUCUACUGCAGUCCGCCAUCCAGCCCUAUAGGGGGCCAUGUGCUCAUUCCCUGCGAGUUCUGCGGCAUUACACUGGAGGAGAACGUUGUCUUUCACCACCAGGAUAAAUGUGACUUCAGACCACAAACUGCCUAUUCGGUGGACAAAGUCCCUGCACAGAAGCCCCUCUUCCCAGCCAGAGAAGCGGCUAGGAGUUCUCCAGAGAGGCAGAGGAGACUACGGCACCAAGCGGACCCAGAGGAGGACCUGUUGGGCCAGGCCAGUGCUGCACUGCCCAGACCUGCAGGAGCAUCAGUCAGGGAGCCCUGGAAGUCCCCUGCUCACCACGGCCUUCCUGCCCAUGGCAAGAACACCAACUCAGACCUGCAGGGCAAGAAAAAGCUCCAGCAGCGAGGGGGAGGUGGAGACCCCAACAGAGGCUCCACCGCUUCUGCAAACAACAGUCCCGCAGUCAGCCCUUCGACUGCUCCAAGCCAUCCAUUCAGAGGACGUUUAGAAGGACCCAGAAGCCAGCGGAAUACAGCACCUGCUAAGGUGUCCAAGAAACAGAAUGUGGAGAAGGAGGACUCUUGAAGAGCUAGGAGGAGGAUGAAAUCAUCAAAGAAUCAUCAAAGAGUUGGAACUUAAUUGUGUGUGUGAGUGUGUGUGUGUGUGUGUGUGUGUGUGUGUGUGUGUGUGUGUGUGUGAGAGAGAGAGAGAGAGAGAGAGAGAGAAAGAGAGAGUGUGUGUGUGUAUGUGUGAGAGAGGAAGGGAAUAAAAAGGGAUUUUACAAAACAACACAAUUGGUUGAUUGUUUAUAAAAAUCCAUUGGCCAUGGAGGAGGUUGUAGAACUGAAGAGAUUCACUUAAGCCGGGCAUACACUGUACGAUUUUUGGGCAUUGUGACAAUUUGUGGCUCAAUUGCAGGUCAAUGGUGUGUCUCGCAUUGUGUAGGGGUACAUGGGGUAAAAUAAAGCGCUAUUACCUCACAGCCAGCUCGCAAUCUGAAAUUGAAAAGAAAAUCAAAACCAAAAUCCUGGUCAACCCUGGUGAGUGAAUCAGUGUUGAAGCAGUGCUACGACCCGAUUUGACACUACAUGUCACACUGCCCAUGCACAAAAAGGCACAAAUUGCCAGGGCAGCGUGUUUCGUUGUUGAGCGCAUCCUUGCCUCCACCUCAGGCAUGCCUUCUGCAGUUCCUGAAAACAAAUCUGUUGUGUUGUUCAGUGUGAGCACUUGGAACACAUCUGACCAUCAGGUCGUACAAUGUGAGGACAGGAGUCGUGAACUUUUAAGCCCUGCAAUUCACGGGUGCAGUCAGUGUGAACAGGAGCUGAAUACCUGCGACUGAAAAGAUUGCACAAUGUAUUCCCGGCUUUAGGUGUGUCAUAAGUCUGUAUGUGUGUACGUAAAUACAGUUGAAAACAUGUCAAGAGUUGAUGUCCUCAUGGUGUUGCACACUGCUUGUUUCUGAAACUACGACUAAUUGUGCUGCUUUAUGAAAUCCUUUGCACUCUCAAUGAGAUGAAUGUAGAUCUUCUGUGGCGUCUGACCAAUGUACUGCUUUCUUGCACUACCUGUGAGUGUGUUGUUCCUAAUUUGAAAUAAUGUAUAUCUUAUAUCCUUUUUAUAUGUUUAUCCUUUUUAAAAGUAAAAACCUUUGUUCAACCAGAAAUAUGGAAGGAUAAUUAAAAUUUUAUAUUAUUAUCAUAAAUAACAAUGUGUUUCAAUGCAAACUGUGGUGUCUAAUCAUUGUCCGUCAGGUGUCAUAUGCUGGGCUGGUUUCAACAAUUUUAUCUGUUUAAAAAAAGCUAUUUCAGGUCACUUUCUGUUUUUGUCAAUUUCUCACCCUUUAUUUCCACCCUGAGUUUUCUAAUGCACAUCUUUAGGGAGAAAGAUGUAUGUUUCAGCCAUGAAAUGUGUUGAAAUUUUUGCCAGUUUACGCUGUCCCCACAACAGGGUCCAAAGCAUACACACACACACACACACACACACACACACACACACACACACACACACACACACACACACACACACACACACACACACACACACACACACACACACACACACACACCCUAUGUAUACUUAACACACUUCUUCAUGAGAAGACUGUCUAAAUAAAGGAUUCUAAUAAACACAUCAAAAAUUAUUC